AUGUCAUUAUGGAGGCCUAUUAAACCUUUAUACUGUGGCCAUAUUCCUACUGUCGCGGAAGGUUUCAUCGCAAAGGCAAUGGCAUUUGAGAACACAGCCGGAGCAAACAAACACCAAGCAGUAGCACUUCGCGUGCAAGGCGAUAAAUCAGCUUUCUUCGAUUGUGCCAUACGAGGUUACCAAGACACAUUGUACGCACACGCCCACCGUCAAUUCUACAGAAACUGCGAAAUUUCAGGCACAGUGGAUUUCAUUUUCGGCUAUGCAUCAACAGUAAUACAGAACUCAAAGAUAGUAGUGCGAAAACCCGAGGCAAAUCAACAAAACAUAAUUGUAGCUGAUGGAACAGUCCAAAAGAACAUGCCAACAGGAGUAGUACUUCAGAAUUGUGAAAUCAUGCCAGAGCCAGCACUACAACCUGAUAGAUUGAAGGUUCGAUCGUUUUUAGCAAGACCAUGGAAGGCAUAUUCUAGGGCAAUAUUUAUGGAAAAUACCAUUGGUGAUUUAAUUCAACCAGAUGGAUUUCUUCCUUGGGCAGGGACUCAAUUCCUUGAUACAUGUUUCUUUGCUGAGUAUGCUAACACUGGACCAGGUUCAAAUGUUCAAGCAAGAGUUAAGUGGGGAAAGGGUGUUCUUAGCAAAGCUGAUGCAACUAAAUAUACUGCUGCUCAAUGGAUUGAAGGUGGUGUAUGGUUGCCUGCCACUGGUAUACCCUUUGAUCUUGGAUUCACUAAAGGUUGA